GCCGCCCCGCUCUCGCAACUCUACCACGCGUUUGCACAGGACUCCAUAAAGCAACCCACUCUCACCCACAGCACAAUGAAGUCCUUCGUCGCAGCAGCCACCUCCUUGUGCGCCCUGGCGCCAGCCUCGGCCUUCGUGCCGGGAGCGUCUCUGCCCCUCGCCGGCGUGCGCAGCGCACCCUCAAAGCUCGCCAUGGCAGCAACCCCCGAGAGGUCUAUCUCGAUCCCCAUCGACCCCUACCCGGAGGGCCUCGACGGCGAGAUGGUGGGCGACUUUGGCUUCGACCCCGCCGGGUUCGCGAACAACCCUCCCGCAUGGGUGCAGGGAGAGGGCACGGGCACCGCCGCCCGCGUCAAGUGGUACCGCGAGGCCGAGCUGGCCCACGGACGCGUCGCCAUGCUCGCCGCCGCGGGGUGGAUUUUCCCCGAGAUCUACCACUUCCCUGGCAACACCGUCCUCGGCCCGGACAGGUUCGCCGAGAUGAACCCCCUCCUCGCGUACGACAACAUCCCCACCGCGGGAGGCAUCCAGAUCGUGGUGACUCUCCUCAUCCUCGAGACCAUCAGACUCAACAGGAGCAUCAGGAGCGACAGCGGGGUGGCGGGAGACAUCGGGCUCGGCCAGGGAGAGGGCCGCUGGAACCCCUUCAACUUUAACUACACCGAGGAGGAGUACGCGGAGAAGCAGCUGCAGGAAAUGAAGCACGGCCGCACCGCCAUGAUCGGCAUCACGGGAAUGUACUUCCAGACCCUCGUCCAGGGGCAGGGGAUCCUCCACCAGCUCGGCGAGGCAUUCUCCACCCCCGAGAGCGUGGCCAAGGCCGGCUACUUCUUCAACCCCCUCUAAGGGGAUCAAGAUGGGGAUGGGAGCUCCCGCCGACGAGAAGGCAACACCUGAAAGCUUUCUGACUCGACGAAGGAAGCUCUCUCAUCAUUCCGUGGCGAUUUUUGCAUCACACCGUGGUUCUCUUCCUUCUUUGUUGGAAGGCUGGUGGCAGCGCAAAGGAGCAAUCGCGCUUGGGGCGGAAGGGCAAGGAGCGGGGGUCGCAUUUGUCGGCAGCUGUUCUUUUGAGUAUACAGCUGUUUCUGAAAGGUCUCUUGUCUUUGUGCCCCCCUCCCGCUUCCCUUCGAGCGGCGAUCGCAUAUGCUGAGUUCGGAUGCGGUUGGUGUAUGACCGGCGUCGGAUGGAUGUCCCGUUGACGGAACGGGUCACUUCCGUCGCCGCCCUUCCGCAUGUCAGUGCCGGGUUGGAAUGGGUUUUGAACCGGGACGACGGUGGUUUUAAAGACGACUCUGUGUUUAUGCUCUCCACGAGACGUCUGUCUGUCUGUCUUUUGUCUGACUGCUCACCCUGUGUCUCGGGUGCACCAAAAGAUUCUCGGCUCCGCUGCUGUCAUUCGUCUCUUGGCUUGUUUUAGACAAUUUGAACAAAUUUGGGAUGGGGACGGGCGGGGAUAGAGAGAGGUGGUGUCUAGAAACAGCGGGGGGGUCGUCGCAUUUCCCCUCGAUAGUAGAGGUAGAAUAAAGUUUGCUUUUCGAAGGGAGAUGAUGGUGGUGGUUUCAGAGGUACCAUUGCUUUGGUGGUCGAAGGCCUAGUAUUUCUUUGCGCCCACCUUUGCUUGAUCGUGUUUUUUAUUUUGUGCCGCUGAGGGUUCGAUGCAAAUACUGAACGAAAAUGUGCCACUUGUUACUACUCUCGGAGUUUGUAUUGUUUUCCCACUACGAUUUUCUGUGCGUACAUGUACGCUGGAAGGUGGGCAAAGCUUGUCGCGACGCAUCGGGAAUUCGGUCGCAUUGGGGUAUCACCAACCACCCUUGCUGGGAAAUAUAUAUAUGGACACGCUCAGAACACAAAUGACACACCGAGGAGUGACCCCCUGACACGACAUUUGAUGACGUUCUCUAGUCAGCCGCCAAUUUCUGUCAUGAGGAACAUGCUUGAACGAAUCAAACCGUUGGUGGUCUUCCAGCUGU